GGAAGGAACCCGUAGCAGCAGCAGCCGCAGCAGCAGCAGUAGCAGUACCACCACUACUACUACCACUACUACUAGUACUACUACUAGUACUACUAGUACUUGGACAUGACCUUCAGCUGUUGCAUCACAACUUUACUGUUACACACAACCCCAAGAAGAAGAAAACAAAGUGCAGCAACGAGCAGCAGCUUCUCUACAGAGCAGGGUCCAGCUCAGGAAGUGAACAGCUGAGUGACUUCACUUUGUUUUCCGCUGGGCAAGAAAAAAGGAGUUUGCUGAUUUGAAGAGGCGUUUCCAAACUGGGACAUGUCAUACAUCAUAGCCUUAGCUCCUCCGUCCUGACAAAAGGAUAUUGACAGUCUACCUCAACAAAUGUGCCAUCCAUCCUCCCUCUUCUACCUCUUAGCACAUCCCCUACUCCUUCUCUACCUCAGCAUGUACUGUAAAUGCACAUAGCUCUUAUCAACCGCGUCAGAAAGUCCAACUGACCCUUCACGUUAUCACGGUGCUCUCGGGUGUCAGUCAUCCAGUGAUAGUGGAACAGUUGACUGGGUUCCUUCUGCCUUUACAGCACAUAAUCACUAUCUGACACUGUGCCAGGAGGUGCCGCCUGGAGCAGCCAUGUUGGGCGUGGGUUUGUGAUGUCUGAGCCCUGCGACGGACCAGCACCAGGAGCUUGGGAAGGGCGGAGUGUCAGAAACGCUCCUCUGUUUGUGGUUGGCAGUGAAGAUGAUGAGCAGGACAUGGGUCAAGUGGAGACAGGCAUGAGGAACGAGAUGUUUCGAGAGGAAGAAAUGGAGGAUGAUGAAGAUGGGUCGCCAUCAGAGCGACAGAUUGUGGUCGGCAUUUGUGCCAUGAUGAAAAAGUCCAAAUCCAAGCCCAUGACUCAGAUCCUGGAGCGCCUUUGUAAGUUUGACUACAUCGACAUGGUCAUCUUUCCUGAGGAGGUGAUCCUGGAGGAACCUGUGGAGAAAUGGCCCCUCUGCGACUGCCUCAUCUCCUUCCACUCCAAAGGAUUCCCUCUUGACAAAGCUGUGGAGUACGCCAAGCUCAGGAAUCCACUGCUCAUCAAUGACCUCAAUAUGCAGUAUUUCAUACAGGACAGGAGAGAAGUUUACCGGAUCCUAAGAGAAGAGGGCAUUGACCUACCUCGCUACGCUGUGUUAAACCGAGAUCCCGACAAUCCUGAGGAGUGUAACCUUGUGGAGGCUGAGGACCAUGUGGAAGUGAAUGGGGAGGUGUUCCCGAAACCCUUUGUGGAGAAACCUGUGUGUGCUGAAGACCACAACGUUUACAUCUAUUACCCAACAUCUGCUGGAGGAGGCAGCCAGAGACUUUUCAGAAAGAUUGGGAGUCGGAGUAGUGUAUACUCACCAGAGAGCUGCGUACGUAAGACUGGAUCCUACAUCUAUGAGGAGUUCAUGCCCACAGAUGGCACAGACGUGAAGGUUUACACAGUGGGUCCAGACUACGCCCACGCAGAGGCACGAAAGUCUCCUGCUCUGGACGGAAAGGUAGAGAGGGACAGCGAGGGGAAGGAGAUCCGCUACCCCGUCAUGCUUACUGCCAUGGAGAAACUGGUGGCUCGCAAGGUCUGCCUGGCUUUCAAGCAAACAGUUUGUGGAUUUGAUCUGCUCAGAGCCAAUGGCCACUCCUUCGUCUGUGAUGUUAACGGUUUCAGCUUCGUCAAAAAUUCCAUGAAGUACUACGACGACUGUGCCAAAGUCCUGGGGAACAUGGUAAUGAGGGAGUUAGCCCCCCAGUUCCACAUCCCCUGGUCCAUUCCAAUGGAGGCUGAAGACAUCCCCAUCGUCCCAACCACCUCAGGAACCAUGAUGGAGCUGCGCUGUGUUAUUGCCAUCAUCCGUCAUGGAGAUCGUACACCAAAGCAGAAGAUGAAAAUGGAGGUUCGACAUCCUCUGUUCUUUGACUUGUUUGAGAAGCAUGGAGGCUAUAAAUCAGGAAAGCUCAAGCUAAAAAAGCCAAAACAGCUACAAGAAGUGCUGGACAUUGCUCGCCUGCUGCUGGCUGAACUGGGCCAGCAUAACGACUGUGAGAUCGAGGAGAAGAAAUCUAAACUGGAACAGCUCAAGACCGUCCUGGAGAUGUACGGUCAUUUCUCAGGUAUCAACAGGAAAGUCCAGCUCACCUACCUGCGUAACGGCCAACCUAAGGCCUCCAGCGAAGAAGAAGACUCCAAGAGGGAAGGUCCUUCUCUGCUGCUGGUGUUGAAGUGGGGCGGGGAGCUUACGCCUGCAGGCCGGGUUCAGGCUGAGGAGCUGGGCAGGGCCUUUCGCUGCAUGUAUCCUGGAGGUCAAGGUGACUAUGCUGGGUUUCCUGGGUGUGGCCUCCUGCGCCUGCACAGCACUUACCGCCACGACUUGAAGAUCUACGCCUCUGACGAAGGCAGAGUGCAGAUGACAGCUGCUGCGUUUGCCAAGGGUCUGCUGGCCCUGGAAGGAGAGUUGACACCGAUCCUGGUCCAGAUGGUGAAGAGUGCCAACAUGAAUGGACUGCUGGACAGUGACAGCGACUCUCUGACUGACUGCCAGCAGAAGGUGAAGGCCAGGCUUCAUGAAAGCAUGCAGAAGGAUCAGAACUUUGCAGCUGAAGCUUAUGAGAAGUUGGCCCCAACAGGUAGUCCUUCCCUGGUGAAUUCCAUGAAGAUCAUUCAGAAUCCAGUCAACACUUGUGAUAAGGUCUACACCCUCAUCCAGAGUCUCACCAAACAGAUCAGGAAGAGACUGGAGGACCCCAAGUCUGCAGACCUGCAGCUUUACCACAGCGAGACAUUGGAGCUGAUGCUUCAGCGCUGGUCCAAAUUAGAGAGAGAUUUCCGCACGAAGAAUGGGCGCUACGACAUCAGCAAGAUCCCCGACAUCUACGACUGCAUCAAAUACGACUCACAGCACAAUGCCUCCCUAGGACUGGAGGACACGCUGGAGCUGUUCAGACUGUCCCGUGCCCUGGCUGACAUAGUUAUACCACAGGAAUAUGGCAUCAGCAAAGCUGAGAAGCUGGACAUUGCUCAGGCUUACUGUGUUCCUCUGAUGAAGAAAAUCCAGCUCGACAUGCAGAGGACCCAUGAGGAUGAGGCUGUUAACAAGCUGCACCCCCUGUAUUCUCGGGGUGUAAUGUCUCCUGGUCGUCACGUCCGCACGCGCCUCUACUUCACCAGCGAAAGCCACGUCCACUCCCUGCUCAGUGUCUUCCGCUAUGGAGGCCUGCUGAAUGAGGAGAAGGACCAGCAGUGGAAACAGGCGAUGGACUAUCUGAGUGCUGUGACUGAGCUUAACUACAUGACACAGAUAGUCAUCAUGCUGUAUGAAGACAACAAUAAGGACCCCUCAUCAGAAGAGCGUUUCCAUGUCGAGCUUCAUUUCAGCCCAGGAGUCAAAGGAUGUGACGAUGAGGAGAAUGUACCUCUCGGCUUCGGCUUCCGCCCGGCCUCCUCUGAGAACCAAGACAAACAGCCGAACCAGGGCAGUCUAGAGGACCUCUCCCAGGACCAGCCAGACCAGGCAGUUCUUAUUUCUGAGCCGAUCAACAUCCAGCGAAGGUCUCCCAUGAUCCGCAACCGCAAGACGGGCUCCAUGGAGGUCCUCUCUGAGACACCUCCUGAUGUGACCUCCAGGGGCUGCACCUUCCACCGACUCUUGCCCUCCUGUUCACACCAGUCUCCUGAGAUCAAACCAACCAUUGGCCUAGGCUCACUCUGCUCUGGGCUCUUCAGUGCCUCUGCCCUCGGCGUGUCCUGUAGCGCCCCCAACCUGCGGGACUACGUCCGCACGCACCACCACCUCCACCGAAAGCCACCUCUGUCCCCCGGCAGCCUGCCAUGCCAGAUUGGAAUGUUUGAGCUGUUCUCUAUGCCGGCAGUAAAGAGAUUUUCUGUGUCGUUUGCCAGGCAUCCGACUAAUGACCCCUCAGUCAAGCUCCAAGUAGUCCAUCUUCUACCUGCUGAGCUGGCCCUGCCGGAUUUGCCCCCUCUGGCUCUGGACAGGGCCACGGCCCACCACCUGCAUCACUGCCCCUACCACCUCCGCCUCCUCAAGACCUGGGUGAUGUCUGGUCAGGAGCUCCCAGAAUCCUUCCACGGUUUUGAAGGCUGCUCUAUGGUGCCCUCUAUCUACCCGCUGGAGACACUGCACAACUCGCUGUCACUGAAGCAGGUGGACGAGUUUCUCAACACGGUGUGUGAGAGCAGCAGCGAGGCCCACGCCAAAACCAUGAAAGCGCUCUCCAGCCUGUUUGACUCUCAGAGCCAGACGUCUCUCUACAGCCCACAGCAGCCUCUGUCCUCCUCUGGAUCGGAGACGUCUCUCCGGCCGCACAGUCAGCCUCUGUGGCAUGGCAGCAUCCCCUCUAGUACUGUGUCCAGCGCGGGCCCUUCCUCGCCGGUCACAGAGAGCUCUGGCCUGAACUUCAGCUUCAGUGAGUAGACUGCCGCGAGGACGUCUGGUUACCUGAGAGGGGACGACAUGAGGCCCUUGGUCUGUUCGUCUCAGUGCUUUUCUACAUCUUUCUCCCUCUGCUCACAAGCCCAAAGAAACCCUGGAGGGAAAUGAUUCCUGCCUUAGGUAUUACAAACUGUUAAUAUAACCACUCACACUCAACACAGACUCUUCUGGUGCAGCCAGACCAUGGCUCAACCACUCCUCCCCUGCUCUGCACUGGAAGAAAACUCUGCACCCUCACCAGUUCUAAACCUCUCACCUGCAUCUUCGUCUUCAGUUUCGCUGCAAUUUCAUCAAGCCGCUGCAACCCCUUCACCAGUGCAUCGAGCCAAAACUCCGACCAGUUGUGCCUGUGAAGUCAUUUUAUACUGCCAACAUCAAAACCCAAUGCUUCAAUCACCAGCUGCCUCAUGAAACUAUCUGCAUCUACAGCAGUAAUGCAUGAGCCCGCCUGUCAGCUGUCAUAGUCACAUUUGAGAAUACAAAAGGUAAACAUGUCUCUGCUGCAUUACAGCUGUAAAAAAGCCAGUCAUUGUCCAGCCUUAGAGAAAUCUGUUUGUUGAGCAUGAAGGGGGGGGGAGGAAUCAAAGCUUUGAAAAAAUACUUUAAACUUGUGGAAAUGAGAGUUAGAUAAGUGUGUUAAUAUCACUCUGAUCUGUUAGUUGAAUAUGAUGAAAGAAUCAGUUGGCUUCGCACUGUACAAAGUCUCUUUCCAAAAAUAAUGAAACACUUCCUCCAAUCGACAUGUUUUAUCUGUUUGUGAUUCGUGUAAAAGUGUAAAGAGCAACAGUUUGUGGUUUUAUUUGCAGAAGCUUUAACACUGCAGUUUAUGUCUGAAUUAAAUAAAUUGGAUAUAAUGUGUCAUAUCCCAUUUGCAAAAUGAAUCCUCACAUUCCGUGUACAGACAUGAGGGUGAUACUGAUCUUCUCAUCUAACUCUUGGUAAGAAAGCAAAGAUGUGCUCAUCUGUGUCAAGUUAUUCCUUUAAGAACUCAUGAACAUUAUUUCACUAUGUAUAUUUGGUUUGUACAGAUUUAUUUUUUUUUAAAGGCAGAAACUGAAAACCUUAAGAAAUACAUUUUAUUCUCAGACCUUUCAAACCUUUGUCCACAUCUAACCAAAGCAGCAGCUGCAGCCUAAAUGUGUCCGACACUGUGACAUACAGAGAAAGGAGUCCGAUUACAAAGUACUUGAUUCGACUGCCAUUUUCUUUUUUUGAUCAUCUGCUGUUAAAUGGAAACGCAAUGAAUGUGUCAAUGUGCCUUUAAAUAACUUGUGAGAGAAAUAUUGAAGUGUUUCACACACUGCUGGUUUCCUGCUGUAUUGUAUUAUUCUUAUUUGAGUCACAACUGAGGUAUGAUUUCAAGAAAAUCUUUGGUUUAGAUUUAUUUUAGACUUAAAGGGAAACCUCAUUUGAUUGAGUAGUCUAAAUGUACUUCUAUAUGAUGACUACAUGCAUACUGCAGUUUUCAGACUGUGAUAUCACAGCAAAUUACUUUUGUAUUUUUUAGUGUUGAAUUGAUCAAGUGACAGUUUGUGAAGACAAGUGAUGCUCAGGUAGACUUGACAGGAAUCGGAAAGUGGAACUUUUUUAUCAUUAACAUGAAUGAAUCAGGUGUCAAUUCACCUUCUGUUGGUUAAAUUCAAAUCUAAAAAUAAAUACAGAUACUUUUAAUAACUUUGACCAAAACAAAGGCUGCAUGAUAAAGCAGUGACUUGCAGUUUUUUUUAGGAGUGCGGUGAUGAAGAGAACUGCAUUCAGGCAGUGCUGUCAGCAACACCAAAGUGCAAAUUAAAGAAAUAAAAUAGCUCCCUGUUCAUUUUAACCUAGUUUAACUGAAAAUGAUCUGAGCCCAAACGCCUGCUGUAGAACAAACAUAUGUAUAUUUUAGUCAGAAAUAGUUUGAUUUUAAUAUUCAGAUUCAGUAUUUUUUCCUUCCAGUCAUUUGUUUGAUGUUGGUAAUUGUACGUAUGUGUAUUUAUGUUAUUAUUGAAUGUUCAAUUUAAUGACAGCCACAGAGGGGUGUAUAUGUUUUGUGACACGUUUUCCUGCUGGAGAACAAAUCGGUUUAACGUUCAAAUUCUGUAACAUUUCUUUUCGAUGGCCGUUUAGGUCGGUACGUGAUGCUGGAAAAGAAGAAGGGGAGGAGGGGUUAAUAAAAAAGUAAAACAGUGAAAA